UUAACCUCAGACAUCUUUCCGAUACUGAAACAAAAACGAUGGCGGCCCAUUCAGUUUGGUGGUGGUACACAGCUGUAUGUAUCUUUUCAAUUAUGGGAUUGAUGAUGAGUUUUUACAUAGUUGAGAAGACUUACAUACCGCUGUAUAAUCGACCAUAUUCCAAGACUCCGGGUAAAUUGGCCAAUGCUCGAACGAGACAGAGUGCAUCGACGGCCAGGUCUACGGUCACGUCGACGAUAUCGCCGGUAGUCCAAACCGAGCAAAUGCGAGAGGUGACUUUGCACUGCAAGAUGGUGUGCAGCAAAUCUGCAGGUGAUAUUUGCGUCCCCCUGGAUUUGGCCGUCUUCGUCUACAAGAACGAUACACCAACUGAAAACAUGACCUUCAACCAAUAUCACUAUCCAGUUGUCCGUGUAGCAAGUGCAAGCAACGCCUCUAAUGAAUCCUUAGUGCUUGAGGUGGAGCGAUGUAACUUGGAGGAACAUUUCCCUGAAGUGGAGCUCAUCCCACGGCAGCCUAGCUGUGCUGUGAUCGGUAACAGCGGUAUCUUAAACAACAGCAGUUGCGGGGAUUUCAUCGACUCACAUGACUUUGUUAUCCGCGCCAAUGGGGCGCUGAUAAAAGGCUACGAAGUUGACGUCGGCAAAGCGACCAGUUUAAGUGUUAUCAACUUGACUCUGUUGCUUAAAUACGGUCGUGCCAUGGGGAACACAAACACUACUGAAAAUCUAAAGAUACGGGCUCAAUUUCUUGACCGUGUUCGAACUUCGAAUAUUCGAAUUUUGUGGUACCCGAAACAUUUGUAUCAACCUGGCACUCAUUGUGACUAUUGUGGGAAGUAUCGAUCUAUAAUCGAUGGGAUCAGAAAGAACGGAUUCACAGGUAUUCGGUUUGCUUUCAGCUGGAAAGGUAUUCAUGUCGAAAAGGCAUGGGGUCUACAUCGAACAGCCACACUUGGAUUAGACAUGUACGCAGUCGCUCGGACGUUCUGCUCGAACAUCACUCUCUUCGGAUUCUACCCGUUUUACAAAGACCUGGAGGGUCGAGCAGUCAAGUAUCAUUAUUUCGACGAUGUCAAAUUUAACUUUUCCCGCAACAGGGGGCACAGUUUUACUGGGGAACACUCCAAACUGAAAGAGCUGGAAAAACAACGGAAACUUAAUUUAGUCGUCAGAGACUGCAAGCCGAGAGAGGGCAGCAGACAUGAGAACACCGUGCGUGAACCAAUCAUAGACAUAUAAUAAAACCUAUCAUAUGUCUAUGGAACCAAUUGACAGGACGACAGUUUGAAAGCUUGUUACGUUGCAUAUGGUUUUUAGUAUGUUUACUGAGUAAUGUUAUAAUGUCAUUAAUAAGGCCUUUAAUAGUGUUCCACCUUCAGUGCACCGGCAUAUCGUUGGGGGGGGGGGGCAUUUAGGGCCAUCCCCCAUCCUAACAAGUAGCAAUUUUAUGCAUUUUUAAAUUUGGUUUAAAACUGUUUAAGCAAGAAAAAAGGUGAAAACAUAAUAUUAUAUUAAGUAUAUUAUUACUAUUUCUGAGCGAACAUUAAGUCCAUCUCAAAUCUAUCAGGGCAUGUAAAUGUCUAUAAAAAUCUGUUUGGGCGGCCGCAGCUCCACUGUGUCAGAUGUACAUUUUGGACAGUUAAACAGUGUGCGAAAUGCAAACUAUAAUCAAGGAGUCAAUUUUAAUUAUGUUCGAACGUUUGAUUUAGUAACUACAUGUACAAUGAUUUACAAAAGAAAUUAUUCAUUCAACUUUUUCGUUGUAGUAAAAAGUAGCUCUAAACCGGCCAGGGGCGAGUUGAUCAGGGAACGAGUUGGCCAUUAAGCCAAUCACCGCAUUCGUUUCAUACAUAAAAAAAUAAUUUCUAAAGAAAAAAAAAAGGCUCAAAAGAUGCACUUUGGUUUUCGAUUCUGUCGCACAUCAGGUGUGUUCACCAAACACUGUUUUCCGAUGUUGUUUGUGUGUCACACAAUGAACGACCACAGGCAAAACUCGAUUACAUAACUAGCAAUGUGGGCGUUCUUAACCGGUUUUACACGCGAAAGCAUGGAAUACCUAGCUUUUUGGAAAAUAAGAAGUGUCAACAUUUUUGCGACCGGAGCGCAAGUCGUCAAUUUUUUGAUGCAAAUAUUGACGUCAUUAUUCACGACUUGCGAUGUCCCCUCAGAGCCACCAUAGCUGUGACCACAAAUAUUCUUCAAGCUUGGAUUGUACAGACAAGGUGGGGUACUAUUUUGCUUUUUUGUGUCCUCGUGUACAUU